UCAUUGUCACUCCUUUUUCCUCCCCUUGUUCGUCCUUCAUCUUUGACAAUCCUUUCUUUUUGGUGGGUUUUGAUAAUUUUCUCGGAAAACCCUUUAAAAAUCGUUCCUUUAUUUCUGUUGUGUACUGUAAAAUCUGGAAAGUGGAGGAAACUAGAAGUCUAGAGCCAUGGUUAGGGUUAUAUUUUCUUUUUACAUUUCUCUUGGUUCUUCCAGAACUGCAGCUUUCUGAUGCUAAAACUAUUGGCUCUCUUUCCUAAGAGAGCAGAUAAUUUUCUUUCUUAGUUGGACCAGUAUUGAUCUGGGUUGUGGAAGAACGUUACAAAGUUUGGAUUUUUAUUUUAUUUUUGGAGUGAGAGCAUUGAUUUGGACGGAAGCAGAGUUGUUUAGACCACGUUGUUCAUCUUGAGGGUAGAGAAGACAAAAUCCAGAAAAGCGCCAGCAUCCUUGGCUUUAUACCUGGGGUUCUAAUCGAAAAACCCCCUGAGUUCCGUUCUCUCUCCUGUAUACAUACCUCACAAAAGGACGGAUUUUUCUAAAAGAGCUAGCUGAAGAAUCUUGACUCUCAAGCCAAGACCCCAAAACAACCAGCUAUCUUACAGCCAGGCUCACAGCUUCUACGCAUACCGUAUACCUUUCCCUAAAUAAAGUUUGGUUUUUUGGCUUUUGGGUCUUUGUAAAAAUGGCCAUGGCGGUGGCGCAGCACAGGGAGAGCAGCAGUGGUAGCAGCAUGAACAAGCUUCUUGAUAGUGGCAAAUAUGUGAGAUACACGGCGGAGCAAGUAGAUGCCCUUGAGAGAGUUUAUGCUGAGUGCCCAAAGCCUAGUUCUUUGCGUAGGCAGCAGUUGAUAAGGGAGUGCCCCAUUCUUGCCAACAUAGAGCCUAAACAGAUCAAAGUUUGGUUUCAAAAUCGCAGAUGUAGAGAGAAGCAAAGGAAAGAGUCUUCAAGGCUGCAGACUGUGAACAGAAAAUUGUCGGCUAUGAACAAACUCUUGAUGGAGGAGAAUGACCGACUGCAGAAACAGGUGUCUCAGCUGGUUUGUGAGAAUGGGUAUAUGAGGCAACAAUUGCAAACAGUAAAUGCAUCGGCUGCAACAGAUGCAAGCUGUGACUCUGUGGUGACCACUCCUCAGCAUUCAUUGAAAGAUGCUAAUAACCCUGCAGGACUCCUCUCUAUUGCUGAGGAGACCUUGACACAGUUCCUUUCAAAGGCUACGGGAACUGCUGUUGAUUGGGUCCAGAUGCCUGGGAUGAAGCCUGGUCCGGAUUCUGUUGGAAUCUUUGCCAUUUCACAGAGUUGCAGUGGAGUGGCUGCUCGAGCUUGUGGUCUCGUAAGUUUAGAACCUACAAAGAUUGCAGAGAUCCUUAAAGAUCGUCCAUCUUGGUUCCGGGACUGUCGAAACCUUGAAGUUUUCACCAUGUUUCCUUCUGGAAAUGGUGGAACCAUUGAACUUUUGUACACACAGACAUAUGCUCCAACGACAUUGGCCCCUGCACGGGAUUUCUGGACUCUAAGAUACACUACAACUUUAGACAAUGGCAGUCUUGUGGUCUGUGAGAGGUCUCUUUCCGGUUCUGGUGCUGGUCCAAGCCCAGCAGCUGCUUCACAAUUUGUGAGAGCCGAAAUGCUCCCCGGUGGGUACUUGAUUCGGCCUUGUGAGGGUGGAGGCUCAAUCAUUCAUAUUGUUGACCACCUGAAUCUUGAGGCAUGGAGUGUUCCAGAGGUCCUGCGUCCACUUUAUGAAUCAUCAAAAGUUGUGGCCCAGAAGAUGACAAUUGCAGCAUUACGCUACAUAAGGCAAAUAGCUCAGGAGACAAGUGGUGAAGUUGUUUACAGUUUAGGCAGGCAGCCCGCCGUUUUGAGAACUUUUAGCCAAAGAUUGAGCAGAGGGUUCAAUGAUGCUGUUAAUGGAUUUAAUGAUGAUGGAUGGUCAAUAAUGAACUGUGAUGGUGCCGAAGAUGUAAUAAUUGCAGUUAAUUCAAGUAAGACCUUGAGCAGCACUUUGAAUCCUGCCAAUUCUCUAUCAGUUCUUGGAGGUGUUUUGUGUGCAAAGGCUUCAAUGCUGCUUCAAAAUGUUCCCCCUGCUGUUCUUGUUCGUUUUCUGAGGGAGCACCGUUCUGAGUGGGCUGAUUUCAAUGUUGAUGCAUUUUCUGCUGCGUCAUUGAAAGCUGGAACAUAUGCAUAUCCUGGAAUGAGGCCAACAAGGUUUACUGGGAGUCAAAUUAUUAUGCCCCUGGGUCACACAAUUGAACAGGAAGAGUUGCUGGAAGUUGUUCGGCUGGAAGGCCAUUCUCUUGCACAAGAAGAUGCUUUUGCAUCGAGGGACAUCCAUCUCUUGCAGAUAUGUAGUGGAAUUGAUGAGAAUGCUGUGGGAACUUGUUCUGAACUUGUUUUUGCUCCAAUUGAUGAGAUGUUUCCGGAUGAUGCCACAUUGCUACCUUCUGGGUUUCGUGUUAUCCCUUUGGAAUCAAAAACAUCUGACAUACGGGGCUCAUUGACUACUAAUCGCACCCUGGAUCUGACAUCCAGUCUUGAAGUUGGCCCAGCACCAAGCAAUACGACAGGAGAAGCGUCAACCUGUCAGAACAUGCGAUCAGUGUUGACAAUAGCUUUCCAAUUUCCCUUUGAUAGCAAUCUUCAGGAGAAUGUUGCAACCAUGGCACGGCAGUAUGUCCGGAGUGUGAUCUCUUCUGUCCAGAGGGUUGCCAUGGCCAUAUCUCCUUCAGGAUUGAGCCCAGCUGUUGGACCUAAGCUAUUGCCAGGUUCUCCAGAAGCUGUUACACUUGCUCAUUGGAUCUGCCAAAGCUAUAGUUACCAUUUAGGAGUAGAAUUUAUGAGAUCUGAUUCCCUGGAUAGUGACUCUAUAUUGAAAAAUCUAUGGCAUCAUCAGGAUGCUGUAUUGUGCUGUUCAAUAAAGUCACUACCAGUUUUCAUCUUUGCAAAUCAGGCUGGCCUUGACAUGCUGGAGACUACUCUAGUGGCACUACAAGACAUCACCCUGGAUAAGAUAUUUGAUGAAUCUGGACGUAAGGCAUUAUGCGCUGACUUUGCCAAGCUAAUGGAGCAGGGAUAUGCAUAUUUACCUGCUGGAAUAUGCAUGUCAACAAUGGGGCGCCAUGUUUCAUAUGAACAAGCAAUUGCCUGGAAGGUCCUGGGUGCGGAUGAGAGCUCUGUCCACUGCUUAGCCUUUUCCUUUGUAAACUGGUCGUUUGUGUGAACACUCUAAAUUCAUCCAUGCAGAUCGGAGAUCCUACCUUUUACCCUACUUUGAACAUGGAA